AUGACGUCGAAGUUGGUGAUUGGGAUUCUUUUCGCAGCGGCUUUAGUUCUGGGGCAACAUGCCGAGCAAGUCAAAAGAACAUUCGAAUCGAUCAGUGCGAAAUAUGACUACAUCAUAGUUGGGGGUGGAACCAGUGGCCUCGUCGUCGCCAACAGACUCAGCGAAGACCCCGCAAAAACGGUCCUAGUCGUAGAGUACGGAGACUUCGCCAACACAAUUAAUGUCACUGUGCCAUACUUUGCAACAUACGACCAGUCAGCGCGCCUCUACAAUGUGACCUCCGUCCCUCAAGCCCACCUUGAUAACCGCACCUCCCGCCUCCGCAUCGGCGCCGUGGUAGGCGGAAGCUCCGCUGUCAACGGGAUGGCCUGGGAUCGCGGCUCUGAAGCCGACUACGACGCGUGGGAAGCUCUCGGAAACCCCGGCUGGGGCUGGACGACUCUUGUAAAGUACUUUCAAAAGUCGUCGACGUUCGCACCGCCUCCUGAUGAGUAUGUUGAGGAGUACGGCUACGAAUGGAGUCACAAUUCCUACGGCGACGGACCCAUACAAGUUGGGUUCCCUGCGUGGCAAUGGCCAGAGUCAGCUCUCAUGGCGCAGGCAUGGGCCCAAGAUAUCAAAGUACCUAUCUUGAAAGACGGGGCUGACGGCGACAACGUUGGUAUCGCAUGGCUCCCGCAAAAUUCUGGCGGUCCAAACGCAACGCGGUCGACCGCUGAGACAGCGUACUUCGAUCCUGUCAGCACCCGCAAGAACAUACAUCUGCUUGUGCGUCAUUACGGGGCAGCUAUAAAGUUUGAGGGUAACACAACGACCGGCGUCGUGAUCGGCUGCCGUGAUGGAUCGGGAACCAAGUUCCUGGAGUCUAGGAAUGUCGUGCUUGCCGCGGGCGCAGUCCACACACCUCAACUCCUGCAGUUGAGCGGCAUUGGCCCAGAGAAGCUCCUCAAUUCUCUCGAUAUUGAGCUUGUGGUUGAUCUACCGGGCGUUGGUGCAAAUUUUCAAGACCACCCUGCCAUUUUCAUGGUUUAUGAUUUUGCCAACGACACAUCCCUCAACCCGACUCUUAUGACCAACGAAACCUUCUACAACGCAUCGUGGGUAGAGUACGAAGCCAACAGAACUGGACCGCACUCGCACGCCUGGGGAAACAGAGUGGUCUUCACGUCUCUCAAAGACCUCGACCCAGAAAACUACCAAGCCAUCGCCGACGCCGUCACAGCCCAAGACCCGCUCCAGCACCUCCCGCAAGUGUACGCCGACAACCCGGCACUCGUCCGCGGCUUUACCUGCCAACGCGAAGUCCUGAGGACAGAGUUCCUCGACCCGAAGGCAGGCGUCAUGGAAUUCACAUUUGGCGGCGCGGAAUCCGUCCCCGUCGCCCUCCAGAAGCCCCUCUCGCGCGGCACAAUCACCAUCAAUAGUACGAAUCCGAAUCCCGGAUCGUCCGUCGGAGCCGACAGCGGUGGGGUCCGUAUCGACUUCAACACGCUCUCCAACCCGAUCGACACGAUCAUCCUCCUCCGCGCCGUCGCGAAAGCCCGCGCCUUCAUGGCGAGUCCCAGCGUCGAGACGCUCGCCGCAGUGGAGAUUACCCCGGGCCCGGGCGUAGCGAGCGACGCCGAGAUUGAGGCCGUUAUGCGGGAGUCGUGGCUCUCUUCCAGUUUCGACCAUCCUGUCGGGACGGCGGCGAUGAUGCCGAGGCAUCUGGGCGGUGUUGUGGAUAGCGGGCUGAGGGUGUAUGGCGUCGAGGGUCUCUGGGUUGUGGAUGCGAGUAUUAUGCCCUUGCUGCCUGCGGCGCAUACGCAGGCUACGGUGUAUGCUGUUGCAGAGUACGCGGCUGAUCUUAUCAAAGGGGUUGAAAAAGCAACCUAG